AUGGUCAAGGUUGGCAGUUUUAGCGCUGCUGUGCUCGCACUUGGCGUUAUUAGCCCAAGUAUUGCGAGCUACAACGGAAGCCAUGUAAUAUACGUGCCAACUGUUGAGACAUGGGACAACGGAAUGGGAAGUCUUACAACAUACUUCCACAGCGUGAAUUCCGAUUAUGCGCACCUUUAUGAGCAUAAUUAUUUGGAUAAACGAGAUACUGUUGAGGUUUACACAUCUGUUGUGGUCGCUGGUACCUCGGUCAUCCUGGCAGCAUAUGCUGGUCUGGAAAUCUACGAAUACGUUGCUGAAGUUAUCAAGCAACGGUCCAAUGCUGAUGUGUGCUCGUUGACCUAUGGCGAUUAUACCGAUGGAGAAAGAAUCGAGGGCUAUGCAUAUCGUGCAACCACAACGGGCACCAACUGCCAAACUACUGCCCUGGAAUCGGCCAUCUACGCGGCUCUAAGGCGAUGUGCCAAUAAGUUGCAUAAGGGCGGAGCAACAACAGGUUGCUGCAAGUUUCGUCAUGGUGGCUCUUGGACCGGUCAUCUUCGUCUUUCUGCGGAGCCAAAAAAGCAUCCAGCUUCAGAUAUAACCUGUCCAUCAUAA